CACCCUACCGGCCCACCGUCGUCGUUGGAACAGGAUGGGGAGGGGCUGCGCGGUUGUUCUCGCGGCGGCGGCGGCGGCGGCGGCGGCGCUGCUGGUGUCGCUGCCUAUGCUGCUGGUGUUGCCGCCGGACGCGGACACGUACGAGCAGGAGAGCCACCGGAUGUUCGUGGAGUGGAAGGCCAGGUACAAGAAGACCUAUAAACACGCCGGCGAAGAGGAGUGCCGGUACGCGUUGUUCAAGGAGAGCCGCUGCCGCGUCGCCUGGGCCAGGGCCGACGGGGUGACCACAUCUGGCCUCAACGGUCUCAGCGCCCUCGCCAAUGAGGAGAUCUACCGCGGGUACAGGGUCCGGAAGGGGGAGGAAUCGUACGAGCAGGAGACCCGACGGAUGUUCGUGGGGUGGAAGGCCAAGUACGGCAAGACCUACAGAGACGUCGGUGAGGAGGAAUGCCGGUACAGGUUGUUCAAGGGCAACCGCCGCGUCGUCGUCCGGCUCAACGCCGCCGCCGGGCAAAAUGUGUACGGCAUCAACCAAUUCGGUGACCUCACCAACGAGGAGGUCCGGGAACGCUGCUACCCGGAGAUGGUGGACCAAGAGCUGAGCGCCAGGUGCCAAGCCGCCGCCCCCGACCCGGACCCCGACCAUGGGAGGCGGAUUUGGUACCAGGCUUGCCGGUGCAUUGCUACGGAAGUGGAGUCUGGAGGCGCUGUUCCUGGAGAUGAAGCACACAUGUGGAUCUGAACGUCACUUGUAUGUGUUGCUAGAGAAUUUUAGAAUAAAGAUGUUGCUAAUGUAAUAUGGUAAAUUUGAGAUGAAAUGUAUGUAUGCAUUUCCAAGCUAUGAUUAAGAUUGUUGUUUCUCA